AUGGAGGGCGUCACAAGAGACCUGGUCAAGGCGUUGAAGCACAAGGACAAGGCGGCCACGGAAACAGCCGUGCGGCGUUUCGCAGAGCGCUGGGCCCGCGCCGUGACAGCAGACCGCGCGCACGCCGCUACCCGGCUGCUCGCCACAGCCGGUGCGGCCACGGGCGCAGCGGCAGAGGUGCUGUUGGCCCUCUCGCUCGAGGAAAGGCGUGCUGGCAAGCGCAUCAGCCUCGCGGCGGCGGCGGCGUCAGCAGGGGGAGGCGGCGCGGCCGCAGCGCUCGUCAAGGUGGCAGGGUCGUGGCCGGGCGCCGCCGGCGGCGCGGACGCGGGCCCCGCGGCCGCCGGCGCGCUCGGUGCGGACGCAACCCGCGCGCAGGCCGUCGCGGCCGCGCGCCUGCUGGGCCUCGCCGCUGCGCCCCCUUCCAUGAGCGCGGUGAUGGGCGGCUAUGCGAUGGGCGGCGUGCGCAACCCGGACCCCUACGACGCGGCUUGGAGCGUCGCGGCCGCGUCUGCAGGCGCGCUGCCGGCGAUCACCCAGCUGCUGCCGGCCCUGGGCGCCAGCAUCGACGGCGUCGAAGCGGCGGCCGCCGGCUGCGACCUGCUGACGGGCGCGCUCUCCGCCGGCGACGCCGGCCGCGCGGCGGUGCCGCCCGAGCAGCAGGCCGCGCUGCAGGGCGCCGCGUACGACGCGCUGUUCGGCGCGCUCGCGGGCGAGUCCGACGGCCGCGCGGCGCGGGGCGCGAGCGAGGCGCUCGGGGACAUGCUGUGCUGCGUCCCCACUGCCCUCUUCGCUCUGCCGCGGCACCCCGGGGCCCUUGAGAAGCUGGCGGCAGCCGUCGGGGACAGCCCUCAGGGCAACUCCCUGCCGUCCUUCGCUGCAGCGCGCGUGAUCACGGUCGUCGCGGCCGGCUUCGCCGGGGCAGACAAGGCGCUGCAGGCCGAAUACACGUCGCGCGUCAGCGCCGCGGGCGGAGCCGGCCGCGACCACACGCCUGGCGUGGAGGCGGAGGCGGGGCUGGGGUUCAUCAAGGACAAGGCGGAGGACGCGGAGGAGAGGGCGGCGGCCGCGGCGGCGCUGGAGGUGCUGAAGGCGGCGCCGGGGACGUAUGAUAAGCGGUUGGAGGAGAUGGCCGCGCAAAACGGCGGCGGCUGCUGCGGCCACGACCACGACUAUGGCCACGGUCACGGCCACCACCACCACCACCACCACCACGGCCAUGACCACGGCCACCACCACCACCACCACCACCAUGAUCACCACGAUCACAGCCACUGCGGUGGCCACGGCCACGGGAGCUGCGGCCACGACCACGGGGCGGCGGCGCCGCAGGCGUGCGCGCAGUGCGGCGGCGCGUCGGGGGCGGGCUCGCGGCUGCGCCGCUGCACGGGGUCGUGCGGGGGGGCGGCUGCUUACUGUAGCACGCAGUGCCAAAAGGAGCACUGGCCAAGCCACAAGGCGCAGUGCCGCGCCCUGAAGAAGAAGUGA